AUGACUAUGUAUGGAAGUAGAACUCAUCUACUUACAUCAUAUGAUGUUCUUAUGGGAGCGUAUAACCAGGGAAGAUCCCACUGGAUUCUUGUGGUGCUAGAACCAUCCAAAGGAAACUUCUAUUAUAUUGACCCAUUUGGACACAAAGAGAAGCAAGCAUCAAAAGCUCUGCAUAAUUGGAGUGCAUUUUUAAAUGAGAGGCAGAUGGAACAAAUUAUUUCAUGGAAAGUGCACUGCGUAGACCAUACAGUUCAAAACGAUGGAUUCAAUUGUGGAGUAUUUUGCUUAAUGUUUGCUGAAAGAUAUUUAAUGCAGCAACCUUUAACUGGAAUUGCCUCUUCUGGUCUGAUGAAAGAGAGAAGACGCAUUGCAGAAAAACUCAUGAUAUAUGAAAUUUAUCAAAAACAUGCCUGUCCUUGUUGUGGACAUGGAAUCUUGAUCAGUGAUAAAAAGAUUUCUUGCAUUUCUUGUGGGAGAAACUUCCAUAAAAAGAGCUUUUGUGUGGGAGAGGAGUAUAUCAACGAUAAUGUUGUGAACAUUCUCUGCAAGGGCUGCAAUCAAGAAAUGCUGGUUCAGGAAGAAGAGAGCAAAGUUUGUAAAAUGGCUGACAAAGAAGAUGCUUCCGACAUAUUUUUUUGUGGAACAUGUCAUACUCAUUUCACAGAUAUCGAUGCCUUUAUUCAACACAAAUUGAACUGCCCACCAAAAUCAAAUUCACGGGUGAAGAAUCAGAAGUUGGAUGAUGGUAAGAUUGAUAUGAGUUUACAAGUGAGUUCAUCAACAUUGUCACCAGAAGUAUCAGAACUAAACUCUGCUGAAGCAGAUUCCGAGGAAGAAGAUGCAUUGUCAGCUCCUGAGAUAAUUUCAAAGAAGACUGUUGGUGAUAAAAAAAAAGAACCAAAAAGACCCUGUCCAUUUUGCAUGAAGCUGCAGUCCUCAUUAACAAAACACAUACAAAGAUGUCACAAAAACGAAGAGGAAGUUAAAGCUGCAAUGAACCUUCCAGGACUAGAAAGGAAACGUGCAUUUAGAAGCAUGAAAAGGCAAGGAAUAUUUAAAUACAAUGCACACAUAUUGAAGUCAAAGGAUAUAAAUGAGGAAUCCAUGAAAGAAUUGUUGAAAGAAAGGGAUCAAGGCACUGACAAAGAAUUAGCAAUGUGUUCACUCUGCAAGGCUUUUAUCAGCAAGAAACUAAUGUACAAACAUGUCAGAAAUUGUAAAGUUGCAGAGGAGACUACCUCACCUCCUACUAGGGUGGUAUUGAGAGUGCUUCAAGAACAAAGUUACCCACAGGACUAUAUUCAAUUCUUAGAAACAUUUCAUAAAGAUGAGCCAGGACAAAUUAUAAGAAGUGAUGAAUUUCUGAAAGAAUUUGGACAUGUCGAGUUUCAAAACUGGAAGGGGUCAACUAUCAAAGCAACAGAAAAGUUGAAUACCUUAAGAUCCAAAUUAAGAAGAUUAGCCAGGCUUUUCAUUAAUUUCAAAAGUAUGGCUUUAGAAAGUGGCAUAGAAUUAAAGAGCUGUGCUGAUAUGUUUAAAGUAGGUACUGCUAAAUUGUUUUCUGCUGCUGUUCAAAAAAUGACAAAUUUUGACUCUGAAGUAGAUGACCUAAAAUGUGGACUGAAGGUGGGAUUAAAAUCUUUGAUAGUUGAAGUUUGUGAUACACUGUAUGCUACCUAUUUGAUAAAGAGAGAAGAACUUUUGGCAAAAGAAGUAAAAGAGUUUCAGGAAGUGUUGAAAGUGUACUGGAAGUAUUUUUUCAUCACAGCUAGAGAGGUGCUGAUGAAUAAGAUGCACAGCCAGUCUAGAGCUCCUACACGUCUGCCUACUAUUGAAGAAUACCAGAGGUUGCGAGACUUUACAAAGGAAAAAAUUACAGAAAUAGUCGAGGAUAUUUAUACACCAAUGAAUCAGGGAAUAUUUUGUAAUCUAAGGAAUUUGAUAGCCUGUAGACUUACAUUAUUUAAUGCAAGGAGAGGAGGAGAGGCAACGAGAUUGACAAUAUCAGAGUUGGAAGAAGCUUUUAGUAAUAAAUGGGCAGACAAAACAUUUUUCCAGAAAAUCGAUGAAGAUAUUGAAAAACUAAUGUGCAAAAUAAUAUGUGCUUAUCUUCAUUCAUCCAAAAAAUUAGAACUUGUAUCAGUAAUAAUACCAGAUGACUGUUGGAAAGGACUUGAAAUGCUUAAAGAUGUUGAGAACAGAAAACUUGCAGGUGUUCAUCCUAAAAAUAAAUUUAUCUUUGCAAAUACGGAAAACUCAUUAGAUCAUGUGAAUGGAUGGCAGAGUGUUCAUAAAGUUUGUAAAAAUGCCGAAAUGAAAAAAAAUAUAACUGCAACUGAUAUGAGGCAUUACGUAGCUACUUAUUAUGAAUCCCUGGAUGUAUCUCCAGAGGAAAGGGACUUUUUUAUACGGAAGCACUUGGGACAUUCAAAGUUCAUUAAUGAAAAUAUUUACCAAUGCCCACCAGCUAUAAGGUUAAUGGAAACUGCAGGGAAAGUCUUGUUAACAUUGGAUUCAUAUGAAGGUAUGCACUCAUUAUAA